UAUUUUCCAACACAAUUAGUAUCUGGAGGGCCUUCUAGCUUGCAAACAGUACAAGCCAUUCAACAUGCUUCCAAUACCUUUUGGCGAGCAGACCAAGUGCACGAACAUUUAAGGAACUUGCAGGAAACUCUUCAUCUAUUAAAAUCAGUGCAGAAAGAACUAGAGGGGAUUUAUUUAAUCAAGAGAUCCAAUUGUACCGGUGAAGCUGAUGGAUUUCCUUUUAAUCAACUGAAAGGAAAGAACUUACUUUCUUCUCCAUUUGAUUCUUUUGGGAAUGAAAUGUUUUCUGAGUUAGCUGAGAUAAUCACAGAGAAAAAAAUUUGUCCUGAAGUACAAGAAUCUCUUGCUUUAGAAGCUGCAAACUCAUUAAUGGCAACCUUAAAAAGCCAACUUGCCCCAUUUAAUGCUAUCUCCAGUGAGACAAGUCAAUGGGAGGAUAAGUCCAUGGCAAUUUGGUUAGCUCAAAAACAGCAGAAGUACAAGAGGAAUAAGCAUUGGAAAAAGAGAAAAAGAAAACAGGUUGCAGAGCUGCUGCGGAAGGAGUACGAUGGAUAUGAUAAGGUGGAUGAAGAGGCUGAUGAGUGGAGAGCAAGAGAGAUUGCCAAGGACAUUGCAAAGCGCAAGAUCGAAAACAUGAAGUCAAUUGCAAAGCUUAAAGCUAUUGAGGAAAGGAAAAGAUUAGAAUCUGAGCUUGAGCUUGUCUUGGUUGUGGAGAAGUUGCAAGAGCUUCGUUCUAUCAGAAUUGAUAAACUUAAAAAACAAGGGCAUUUUCUUCCAGAAGAGGAUGAUAAGUUUCUUGAGCGAGUAAGAUCCGCUGUGGAGGAAGAAGAGAGACAAGCUGCUGCUGCUGCUGACACCCAUGCUGCUAGGGAUGCCAUAUCAACAGCUGAAGAAUCAAGGAAAACAAUCAGAAUUACAAAUCCUGAUGCAAGCGUUGUCAAACAAAAUAGAGUGGGAAGUCCAGUGAAGCAAGUGCAAGUAAGCACUGCAGAAAUUGAAAGAAGCUCAACUGUGAAUGCAACCCAGGGCUCUGAACAAAAAGUGGAAGGGCAAGGAUUUAACAAUGCCUAUGAGUCAGUGACCAAUUUACCAAUUGAGUUUUACCAGUAUUAUCAUGGGAGUAAUAAUGAUAUGGGGAAGCUCAUAGAGGUUAGAAGCAUUUGGGAUGCUUACAUCAAACCUGGAGGAAGUCGGAUACCUGGCCACUGGGUACAGCCACCGCCACCUGCUGAUGAGGUCUGGGCAUCCUAUCUUGUUAGCACCAUGAAUCGCUGAAAGCAAACCGACGCAACUGCUUCCUUCAGGCAAAUGGAUUUCUUACUAGAGAAGAGGAAAAUGACAAAAGCAGGCAAAAUAGGUGCUUUUAACUGGAGAUGCAGUCUCCAAGUUUCCGGUGCUGUUCUAAUGAAGACACUAAAUAUGGGAAUGAAUUUUGAAUGGAGUGAUGAACCGCGGGAGCCGGCAACACUAGCAAAGAAUUUCAUCAGCAACCAUUUUUUGGUUCUGCAAUUAGUCUGCUUCAAGAAAGAUGGGGAGCUCAGGUAGUUGGACUUAUGAAGGGUGGUAGCCUGAGACUUUACAUACCAAUUAAUUUCAAUGUAUUUACAUAUCUAACACCUAAACUUCAAUUUUUAAUUAUACAUGCCACUUUAUUUAUGCAUUAGAAAAUGCAUAGGUAAAUACAUAAGAACUGGGUGGUAUGCAUCUAAAUGUGCCCUUUUUUUAAUUGAUAUGAAAUCAUCAACUUCUUUUAUAUUUA